ACAAAUGCUACUGCAAUGAAGCACUCAAAUCAUCGUGCAGUUCAUUCUGCUGUUCAUAUUGAACCAAGAACAACAUCCUGGGGAGGAAGGGAGCAGAAUUUCCCUCUGACUAAUGCUGCUGGAUUGUGCAGGGCUGCGGGGGAACUGCCAGCCAGAGAAACCAUCAGGAGGGGGAAGGAAACGGAAAGGGAAUCUAAUUAUCCAUCUGCAAAGACAGAUGCUGGUCCCAACACAGGGCCCAGCCCUGAGCAGACUGAUGUGGGCAGUGACGUUUGCACAGAGUGUUUUUAUGGUGGGGCUGGGAACGGGCUCCUGGGGGUUCCCUCUGGGAUAGCAGAUGGUCCAGCACACAUCACAGCGAGCUGGGGGAGACUGGAAGCACACAGCUGCUGUCCCCAGGAACACUGGCCCGCGCUAGGCUCCGAGGCACAGCGCUUCCCAGCCAGGUACGGCUGUGUUGUGUGGAGAUGGGGCUGGAGCUCAGGCAGAGCUGUGCUGCUGCAAAGGAAGGAGGACCAUGAGAAGCAGUACGUGGGCUUUGCCACUCUGCCGAACCAGGUCCACCGGAAAUCCGUGAAGAAGGGUUUCGACUUCACCCUGAUGGUUGCAGGAGAGUCGGGUCUGGGCAAAUCCACGCUGGUGAAUAGCCUGUUCCUGACAGACCUCUACAAAGACAGAAAGCUCCUCAAUGCAGAGGAGAGGAUCAACCAGACAGUGGAGAUCAUCAAGCACACGGUGGACAUUGAGGAGAAGGGUGUCAAGCUGAAGCUGACCAUAGUGGACACACCGGGCUUUGGAGAUGCUGUUAACAACACCGAGUGCUGGAAGCCCAUCACUGACUACAUUGACCAGCAGUUUGAACAGUAUUUCCGUGAUGAGAGUGGCCUGAACCGGAAGAACAUCCAGGACAACCGAGUGCAUUGCUGCCUUUACUUCAUCUCUCCCUUUGGGCACGGGCUGAGGCCUGUGGAUGUUGAGUUCAUGAAGGCUCUGCAUGAGAAGGUCAACAUUGUGCCCCUGAUUGCCAAAGCUGACUGCCUGAUCCCCUCCGAGAUCCGGAAGCUAAAAGAGAGGAUCCGGGAAGAGAUCGACAAAUUUGGCAUUAAAGUGUACCAGUUUCCUGAGUGUGACUCUGAUGAAGAUGAGGAGUUCAAGCAGCAAGACAGAGAGCUGAAGGAGAGCGCUCCCUUUGCCGUCAUCGGCAGUAACACCGUGGUGGAGGCGAAAGGCCAGCGCGUCCGUGGGCGGCUCUACCCCUGGGGCAUUGUGGAAGUGGAAAACCAGGCACACUGCGACUUCGUGAAGCUGCGGAACAUGCUGAUCCGGACACACAUGCACGACCUGAAGGACGUCACUUGCGACGUCCACUACGAGAACUACCGAGCUCAGUGCAUCCAGCAAAUGACCAGCAAGCUGACUCAGGACAACAGGAUAGAAAGCCCCAUUCCUAUCCUGCCUCUCCCAACUCCAGACACCGAGACAGAGAAGCUGAUUAAGAUGAAGGAUGAGGAGUUACGGCGGAUGCAAGAGAUGCUGCAGAAGAUGCAGCAGCAGAUGCAGGAUCAGUGAGAGGCAGGUACCCGGAGGGCAGAGGGGAUCCCCCAGUGACCAUCUGAGACCUGGCAAGAGCUGUGAACGUUUAGAAAAGGUUUCCUAUUGUGUAGAGACUUGUGGGCAAGAGCUGCACCCGCACCCUCUAAUUUAUUAGCAGCAGUGCUGGCUUUUUGACCAGCUGGAUUGUGGAGGAGGCUGUUCACUUAACAGUUUACUGUUGUUUAUUUCUUUUUUAAUAAUUAUUCUUUAAUUUCUUUUUUUUUUUUUUUUUUUUUUUUUUUUUUUUAAAAGAAACUAGCCUGGGAUGUCUCUAAGGCAUCCUAAAAAAUAAGAAAAGAAAAAGAUCCCCCUUUCCUAUGUACUAAUCUCUUGUUUGGGAAUGCUCUGGUAUUUAAAGUCCUGGUUUCUCCGGUGUACAAAUUAUAGAGUAUCUAUGUCAAUGCACGUAAGUGUUUACUCCCAAGUGAGGUGCUGUGCCCCUGUCCCUGUCCCCCUUGUCUGGGGCCAGCACGAGCAUUGUAAAGCAGCCAUACCCUCCUGUGAGUUUGAUCUGCACUGCUUGGGCUUCUCAGCCUGGGGACAGUGCUGGCCCGGAGAACUGGGGCUGGGAGUUUGUGUGCACUGACCUGCUCAGGAGCCCUGAUGAUUGCCUGGUAUCCUGUGCAGGCUUUUAUGGGUUUUUUGUUUAGUUGGUUGGUUUUGUUCUUCCUAUCAAGGAAACUCCAGGAUAUUUGCACUGAGCAGCAAGAGACUGAGUGCCUCGAGGCUGGUUAGACAAAAACUGUUCUCAUUUACGUCUUUCUGGCAGAGAGGUUGUGUUGUUGACUAUUGCCUGCAAGGACGUGAUGGGAGUGAGCACCUUCUCUGCCACGGUUUCCUCCCACAGCAGGCUGGAGGUACUGGUAGGGGAACCCUAAGGCCCUGCAAUAGCUGGGUGAGGGUGUUUCAUUGGUAUAGCACUCCUCAGCAGCUGCAGUGUUUCCUUAAUGUCUGCUCUGAAAAGCACUGUGGCAUCCAGAGCACUUGGCCAAGACUGCUUUGGAGGGGGUAGAAACCCUAGGGCUGAACUCCAACCCCAAAUUCUGACCCAUCCCCUAUCCCCAGGCUUUGCAGUCCCACAAGCACAUUGCUGGCUCCCAGCUUCUCCUGGGGGAAGGGGCAGUUUCUGUAGGCCAUACCCGAGAUCUGCAGGCAGUCUGUGUGGGCUGUCAUCGAGUGGGGCUGAGCACAGCACAGCCCAGCAGGCUUGGCACUUGCUCCCCUGCCUUUCCCCCAGGCACUCAGCCCCUCUCCCCCUCCUUAUUUCUUGGCUCUUCCUGCCCUAGUGCUGGGAAGGCUGGUGGGUCUGCUGGGCAGAGAUAAAAGCACUCUUUGGGCAGCAGCUCCUGUCCUGUCCUUGCUUCCUGCAGUAUUUUUAACUCGAGUCCAGCCACAGCAGAGCCCUGCAGUGUGAUGUGCCGGGCAGGGCUCGCCAGCAACACUGCCACGCUCACAGGAGUCUGGGCUGUUGGAGGGAGAGACACUCAGCUCUUCCCUCUGGCUCCAGGGAGUGCAGCCAUGGGCUGGGCCCUUCUGCUCCUUGGCUAACUCCUCUGUCCCCUUUCCCCUUUUGUAUCUGCUUCUCCACCCCUGGCUCUCCCCAGCAGAUCUCCCUGGGUAGGAAGCACAGUGUUGGCCAGGAAUAGCCAGGCCCUACAUUCUGUUACUGGGCUCUGCAUUUGUCUGAUUCCUCCCUGAGUCCCAGCCAGGGUUUGUCCACAUGGUGAGUAGGUUGGCUGGUUCCAGUUAUUCACUGUACAGAGCCUCUGCUUAGCCAGAGCAUGGGCUGUAGGGGCAGGGGAGAAACCCUGGCCCUGUGUGGAAGGACAAAGUAAGAAUGGAAGCCCUUUGACAGAACUCUGCAAGCUGGGCAAGAGCAGUGUUCAACAAUGUUUGGUUGUUUGUUUUUUUUUCCAUGCUCCCCUGUUUUGGGCUUGUAAGUGGCAGUGCCAUCCCAGGAGAGCAGAAGGAUUCAUUCUGACUUCAGUAAUGAGGGACCAAGGCACCUGAGAGGAAGUAUAACCCUUCUUUGCAUGAUGUGCUCACUUGAGCAGUGGAGUAGCCUGAAACAGGAGCUUCCUCCAGGUUUUCCAAAAAGAUGAACAGCUGAGUUCUCGGCUUUGUCUGUGCUAGCAUAAAAGGAAACAUUUUGAAGUAGCUGUCCCCUCUUUUCUUACACUAAUCUUGGUGAGGAGGAUGUUCUCUCACAAAUGAGCCCUGUCCACAUGGAGAUUUUCCUCUUUCAAACAGAUUCAUUCCUAGAAGAUAAAAGAUCUUUUCCCUUUAGCACGGACAUGGAGCAGCUGACACCUUUCAUGCUGGGCUGUGCACAGAGGUGCUGCUGAAAGCACAGGGUGCCCUGGUCACAGGGUUGCUGGGGGUGGCUCUGCCCAUCCCUCCAGGUGGGGAAGUCUCCAUCAGCUCAGUGCACGUGCCUCCUACAUCAAGGCAAUGGUCACAAGGCCUCUACAGAGAGCUGAAGCCUUUGGCUACCGGCUGGCAAAGAUGGUUCAAGCUGCACUUAGGAAAAGACACACAGGAGUGAGGCACCAGAGAUGGCUUCUACAGAGAGGUGGUACCACUGAAAUCGUGUCUCUGUGUAGGAGGUUCCCCGCCCUGAAUGCCAGAAUUUAGGGACUGCUUGGAAAGGGAUUAGAGACUGAUUUUGGGGGACAUCAGGGGUUCAGAUUCAGGCCUGGAAGGUGGAAUCUGUUUAUUUAAGGAGUGUGUUGUACUGUGGCGUCAAUUCUCACAGGAAGUGGAGAAGAGACUCCUGAACACAGGGAGCUUGGCCACGUGGCUCUGGCAGUGAGAAGUGUGGAUAGGAAAGUAAAUUACCACCUCCCCUCAGGCAGCCCUCCACAGCCUCACAUGCAAUCCCUGCACCCCCUGGCACAUUCCCAUGCCUCUGCCAAGCUUUGCCCUGCUGAGUGAGUGUCUGCAGGGAUGGUGUCCCACUCCACAGCUAUCCCAGGCUGCAGCUGAGGCUGUUGGUACACCCUGGCCCCCGUGCCUGACAGGAUGGAUCCAUGGCAUGAACUCCUUGUGUGCCACUGCUGUGCUGGUCCUGCCUGUGCAGUCCUUGCUGCAUCCUUGCAUGCCUCCCCUCGAAGGAGGGGCUCCCGCUCCUGGUGCUCUGCCAUGGCAUUCCCUGCUCCUCCUCACAAACUGCUCUGCUUUAAUGCUGGCUUGCUCCUGCCAUGCACCUUCCUCACCCCUGCUCCAUUCCUAGGCUCUAUGUUUCCUGUCUAUCUGUUGGGUUAUUAUAAUUAUAUUUUUUUGUAAAUUUCUGUUUGAACUUUUUGUCAUUGUGAACAAAGAAAAUGAAACCUUUUAAACAUAUCCAUUUUAUUAAAUGAUUAUUGUUAUUAUUAUUAAUGUUUACUACCUGAAUUGAUCAGUGAAAUAAAUACAUUCAAAAAUCCAA